AUGAGCGAAGGACAACCAGAUGAUAUUGUGACCCAUAUAGAUAUCUUGUGCUCGCCCGUGAAGUCCUCUAACAAAGCCAUCAGAAAUCCAUUAGCGCAUAUACAUGAUAGUCCCAACAAGAAAUCUAGGGUAUCCACAAAGAGACCGGCCCUUGAAACGGUCAAGCUCGAAACUACUGAAACAAUAGGAAAGUUUGUAGGUCCAGGAGAACCAAUAAUAAAAAGGAAGCGUGGUAGACCUAGGAAAAUCGUAACUUCAGAACCACCAAAGCUAAAGAGAAAACGUGGAAGACCCAGAAAAGAGGAACAACAUCAAUAUAAAGAAGAAGAUGAAGAGUCGGAAGGUACGAUGAAAGAGCGAUCUAUGAGUCCAUUAAGCGCAAAAAUAUCAUCAGAUAAUAUUUUAACCAGCGCCAAGAGGACUAGAGGAAUUAAAAUAACAGUCCAAUUGUCAUCGGCAUCGGAAGCUGACUCCAGCGAUGAUGAUACCUUUACGUCUGCCAAGGAAGAAGUAGAAGAAUCAACAGAAGAAGAGAAUGAUGGAUUUGAGGAAAACGAGGUGAAAGAAGAAAUAUUUACAGAAAAAAGGAAAAGAGGUAGACCUCGGAAAUAUCCUAUUCCUGAAACUCCAAAAAUAAAAAGAAAACGAGGUAGGCCUCGUAAGGAACCAGUAAUAUCUGAGAAUAAUUCUGAAGAAAAGGGAAAGUCAAGGAAACCUAAUAAAAAAGGUGAAUCGUCAGAUAUUGAAUCGGAUCGUGAAUCUCUUGCGAUGGAUCAAACCUCGCCACUGCCUUCAAAAAUAGCACCUCUUACUGAACAUGAUUUUACAUCACCGUUGAAACAAGUAAUUAUGAAUAGUCUUAGACAAUAUCAAGAGGAUUCUUUGCUAUCUUCUAAGAAAUUGGUAUUGAAUCGAGAAUUUGUACCAACCCAAGUGCCCAAGACAGAUAAAUAUGAAAAAAGAUUGGAAGCGAGCGAGAAUAAAAGCUCAAAGACUUUUUUUGAUACAUUUGAAGGAUAUUUUGAUCAAAGAAGUCAUAGUCUGAAGUAUACCACUAAAUUAUCCAAAAAUACGAUGUCAAUGGGACCAAGUGUAUCUAAGGAUGAAUUUGCAAUGUUUACAAAUGUUUUUAAUAAGCAUUACCUGAAGGAACCUAGAGCUAAACUUCAGGCAUUGCAAAGGAAAAUGUUUCCUCAAUACUGGUUUGAAAUAACUCAGGGAUUUUCAUUAUUAUUCUAUGGAAUAGGUUCCAAGCGUAAUUUCCUGGAAGAUCUCGCAAUAAAAUAUAUUUCUCCAAAGCUGACUUUUGGGAAAAGAAUAGCAUUACAAAAAGAAUUAGAGCUGAAGAAGGUUAACAAAAGUACAGGUUCUAUUCAAGGUAUCCCUUGCCUUAUCAUCAAUGGAUAUAAUCCUACUUGCAGUUAUAGAGAGAUUUUCCAAGAUAUUACUGACAUCAUGUUCCCUGAUGGUUUGACAAGAAAUGAGACUAAAUUUUGGGGAAACCUUGCCAUCCUACAGGUACAGAAGAUGAUAGAAUUCUAUUCAACACAACCGAAAGAUAUAAAGCUAAUCUUAGUCAUUCAUAAUUUGGAUGGGCCUGCGUUGAGGAAGGAAAUAUUUCAGACCAUAUUCAGUUCCUUAGCACAAAUCAAACAGAUAGUACUAAUAGCAUCCGUUGAUCAUAUUUACGCACCCGUUUUAUUCGACAAUAAAAAGGCUCAAAAUUAUAAUUUUGUUUUCCAUGAUGUCACGAAUUAUGAAUCGAAUGAAGUCGAAUCUUCCUUCCAAGAUAAGAUGAAUUUAGGGAAGAGUUCUUCAAGUUCUGGGGCAGAAGGUGCCAAAUAUGUUUUAGAAUCGUUGACACUCAAUGCCAAAAAGAUGUACAAGUUAUUAUUGGAUUUACAGCUUAAUAAUAUGGACCUGGCCUCUGGAUCGAAGAAUAAAAGCGCCUCGUCGGUAUCAAAACGUGGAGGUCUAUCUACUGGUGUAGAGUUCAAAUCAUUUGUUACCAUGUGUGCUUCAGAGUUUAUAGCCUCCAAUGAAAUCUCCUUGAGGACCAUGCUAACAGAGUUCAUUGAACAUAAGAUGUUGUUACUAUCUCGGCACAGUUCUGGAACGGAAUAUCUAUAUGUCCCGUAUCGUUACUCGGAGAUGGAGAAGAUUUUAAGCACUGUCCUAAAUAAUAUUGAAUAG